AUUCAAAUGUUCCUUAGAAAUUAUAUUAAACAUAGUAAAAAUUCAAACAACUUAACAUAUACAAAUAAUUAACUAGACAUGAAGAUCAUGGUCUUGACACUCAUGGUUUUCGUCAUACUUCUGACAUCGUUUCCGGUUCCAAACAAAGCGGCAGACACAAAUGUGGAAGCAGCAUGUGACCCAAAGCAGCUUCAGCCUUGCCUGGCCGCGAUUACUGGAGGAGGACAACCCUCAGGUGACUGUUGUGCAAAGCUGAAGGAGCAACAACCAUGCUUGUGUGGGUUUGCUAAGAACCCUGCUUUUGCUCAGUACAUUAGCUCUCCCAACUCUCGCAAAGUCCUAACCGCUUGUGGUAUUCCUUACCCAAGUUGUUAAAACUCUUAAAGAGUUUUUACAAAUAAAUAAAUAACGAGUAAAGAAUAUGAAUAAAUUAUAUCAAGCUGUUUUAUGAAAUAAAAAUAACCGUUAUUAUGUAAUGUUUAUAUGGUUAAAUAAAGUUUACUUUCUCAUAUUAUUUUGUGGCUUUCUAGGGUAAACUGAGUCUAAUGCCAAAACACUCCAAAGGAUCAGUUUGACUUUAAAUGUUCAAAUAAGUAGAAACGUGUAAUGGAAAAAAGUGGUACAAAAAAAUUGGUAGCAAAACUAUAAACUGGUAGAAUUGAAUAGGAUUGGUAUUAGCAAUGACAGUUCUUGUGCUUUUGUUUCAUUAGCCUAAAGCAGAGGCAGGAAACAAAGACCUUAUGGACCAUGUUGUAAACUUGGAAGUGUCCAUCUCCUACAUGUUCCAUGAAAUACAACAUACCUCCUCUGUUUUGUUGUACAUGAAUAGAAUUACUUCUCCAACUUUUAUGAAGAUGAAAAAAAUUCAACCGUUAUUUAUGGGUUUCUCAGCAAAAAGAAAAUCAAAAGAAAAUAUAAACCAACAUAUACCGGUAGAAAUCUCAGCUAUAGCCACAGAAUAAUCACAAAAUAUUUGUGGCUAUUUUAAAAAGUCACGAAAAACCAUGAAAUCAAAAAUGCAAGAUGCCUAAUAUUUACAAUGCUAUGGUAGUUCAUAUCUGAACAGUAGCAAAAAAAAAUUCGAAAUUGCAUGGAACAGAACGUGACUAAAAAUAGCUAUGUUUUAGCUACGACAAUUUUGUGGCACACUAGUCACGAUAUACAACGUGAUUAAACCACAAAAUACCUUUUUACCAUGAUUUAAUCACAGACUAUUUUAAAAAUAAUCAUGAAAUGCUCUGAUUUUUCCGUGACUAUUCGAAGAGCAUGAUUAUUAGAAGGUUCUUAAGGUGGGGUUAUUAGUGGAAUAUAAGAACCUGAUUCUUAACUUUUAAUUAAAAAAGCUAAGAACCGGCUCUCAAAUAAGAGUUUUAAGAGACGGUUCUUAACUUUUUUAGUUAAAAGUUAAGAGACGAGUUCUUAUAUUCCGCUAAAAACCACAUUCUAAAAACCUCCUAAUAAUCAUGUUCUUAUAUUUUAGCUAACUUUUGAAGUAUCAUUAAACUGAAGUGAGAGAGUGUAAAACGAAAGUUAUCUCUCACAAUAAGCUACUAGUUGAUUUGGUCACGACCACGUAGGAGACUCUUUGAUCGUGUUUUGCUUCAUCCUCCAGUUAUAAUCCUUUCCGUUUUUUGAACUUAUAUUUCCUUAAUUAAAAGGUGCUUAACGCACAAAACUAAAAUUAUUUGUAUAAUAACGAAAGAAAAAACUAAUCAGGUAUUCAGUUGGAAAUCCUAUAUAGUUUACAUGUUUUUGUAACAAAUAGCUAAAUGAUGUGUGUGUUAAGGGAAUAUCUCCUCUAUUACCCCUUAAAGUCCAAUUUCUCAAAGACCUUCCUAAAAAUUAUUUUUUUUAUGAAUUAUUUUUAAUUUAAAAACCUGGCUGAUUACAUUUUUAUCUUUCGUUACUAACUCUAAAUAUUAAAAACCAGAUUCAUUUUUAUUUACUCUCUCAUUUUUUUCUUUUUUUUCUCUCUCCCCCUACGGUUUCUCUCUUCCUCUCUGCAACUGCUCUUUUUCUUGUUUCUUCUUUUUUUUCUCCAACAUCAAAUUCGAUAGCGAAGAGUGUUCUCUGUGGAAUCUGAGAUUAGAUCUGAAAACCUGAAGAAAAAACAGAUUUGCGGUGCCUCGAUGUGACGUCGACGUUGAAGGGGACAAAAAUGGAAACAGAUCCGCGGUGCCUCACGAUUUAGGGUUUUUAUUGUCCUCAUAUUUUCGAUUUAGAGUUGUAAAUUAAGAUUCUGGGUUUUGUAUGAUUAGGUUUCUUAUUGUUCUCUAUAGAUCUGGGUUUUGUUUUAUGAUUUUGGAAUUUUAUUGUUCUUGUUCCCCCUUUGCAAAGUAUGUUUCGUGUUUUUUA